GCCUUUCACUUCUCUUCUCUUCUCUUCUCUUCUCCACUGCUACGGCUGCCCUUCCCCUCGCCAUGGACUGCAAGUGGCUCGACCUCGACCUCAACCUCAGCACCCUCCACGACCCUCCGGCCAAGUGCGGCGCCGACGACGCCGACCGCCCCGCUGCGAAGCAGGUGAAGGAGCUGGAGGCGGAGCUGGGCCGAAUCUCCGACGAGAACAAGCGCCUCAAGGAGAUGCUCGCCUCGGUGGCCGCCAACUACAGCGCGCUGCAGGGGCAGCUAGCGGAGCUCUCCACCAAGGCCUCCUCCUCCUCCGAAGCCAAGCGGAGGCGAACCGCCGUCGCCGAGUGCUGCACCUCCAGCGAGGAGGAAGAGGACUCCGGCGGCAAGCGCGCCAGAGAAGAAUCCUGCAAGCCGCUGCUCUCCAAGCGCUACGUCCGCACUGACCCGUCCGAUUCCAGCUUGGUGGUGAAAGAUGGGUAUCAAUGGAGGAAAUACGGGCAGAAAGUGACGAGAGAUAACCCCUGUCCCAGAGCUUACUUCAGAUGCUCCUUCGCUCCAUCUUGCCCUGUCAAGAAGAAGGUGCAGAGGAGCCCAGAGGACACGUCCCUGCUGGUGGCCACCUACGAGGGCGAGCACAACCACGGCGGCCAAGCUUCUAACUCCGCGUCCAGCCGCGGCGCCAUCAGCUCGGCCCACGAGCGGACCCCUCCUCCUCCUCUUCCUUCUCCGACGCCGAGCAAGAUGAUGCUGGAGUUUGGGCCGGUGAGACCGCAGCAGAAGUCGGAGUCGCCGCCGGAGCUCCCCCGGAGCCUGGUGGAGCAAAUGGCGGCGUCGCUGACGAACGACCCGACCUUCAAGGCCGCCGUCGCCGCGGCCAUCUCCGGGAGGAUGUUCCAGCCGCCGCCGCCGCCUCCGCCUCCAAUGUGAUUCUUCUUCUAUUUCAAUUAUUUUUCAUCGAAAAAGACAGAUUUAGAUGAUCGCGGAGAGAGCGAUCGAGAUGGUGUUGUGAAUACGAAUCUGCCGGCCGGCGAGAACUAGGAUUUAGAUUUUGGAGCGAUGCAAUUCGAGUUCACAAGAAUUAUGAUCAUGGCAAAAUUCGAUUUCCCUUUUAGUGGAAAUAUGGAAAUUAUAAUAGAUUCUGAUACAAUUUUAGUAGAAUUAA